AUGUAUAAGGCGUGUACCCUCGCUAGUUCUCAGUUGAAACAGCUUAAGGCUGCAUUAAAGAGCAACGGCCUUAUUGGGCAAAGUAAUGGGACCAAGAAAGAUACUCGUUCCUCCAAGCAUACGGCACGGGAUCGAGAAGCCAGAGCCGAAACCUUGAAUGGUAUACGGGAAGAGUUCAACCGGUUUGAUGAACGUAUUAACCGUACUAAGAGAGAUUUUACUGUUAUUCAAGGAGGCAAGUUUGUGCGAGCAGGAAGUUCUGAACACAAUCGGGCUGCUAAGCUGAAGGGGACAGUAGAGAAGAGUCUUGCAUCCCAGUACUCAGCACGUCAACUGGUGAAAAACAAGAGUGGGGGUCUUUUAGAUCGUCGUUUUGGUGCCAAGGCUGGCAAGAAUUUGACAGAAGAAGAAAUUAUGUUGGAACGUUUCACCAGGGAACGCCAACAGAGUUCCAAGUCGAAGCGGAGCGUAUUUGCAUUAGGAAGUGAUGAUGAGGAUGAUGAUAAUGAUGAUGGUUUUGUGUUGACACAUUCAGGGAAGGCCUUAGCAUCUGAAGAAGCCAGAGGCUUGGAACUUGAUGAAGAUGCUUUAGGAUCUGGUGACAAGAGAUAUGUUGAUGAAGGUGAAGAAGCAGAGCUUAAUCAGCCACCUCGCAAGAAAUCCAAGAAAGAGGUCAUGCAAGAGAUCAUUGCCAAAUCUAAAUUCCACAAACGUCAAAGACAAGCUGCAUUUGAAAAGACCCAAGAAGAUAUUGGCGAUUUAGAUGAUGAUUUCACCGAUGUCAUGCAAGAGAUUAACGGAGCAAUAAGUAAAACUGUCAAAGCUCCUGCCUUUCUGAACAAGACACCUGAAGAAUUGGAAUAUGAUAACCAGGUGAGAGAGUUGACAUAUGAUAGAAGAGCGGUUCCUGCUGACAGGACGAAAACAGAUGAAGAGAUUCAAAAUGAACGUGAAGAAAAACGCAAAAAGUUGGAGCAAGAUCGUUUGAAUAGAAUGAAUGGAAUGGUUGAACGUGAAGAUGCAGAGGCAGAUGACUUAGAUGACGAUUUCUGGGCUGGCUCUGAAGAUGAAGUUGAAGGAUUUACUAUUAAGGAAGACGGUGAUAAGGCUAGUGAAAAUGAUGAAGAUGAUGACGGAAGUGAUAAUGAAGAUUUGAAGACAAGCCGAACUAGCAUCAGAAGUAAAGUAAAUGCUAUUUCCAUGCCUCUGGAUUAUGAACAAUUUGCCGAACAAUUGCAAUUGUUAAAGAACUCAACAGAAGAAGAAUCUUUCGUCAAGAAGGUUGUACAACAAUACCAGCCACAUUUGGCUCAAGGCAACAAAGAAAAGAUGAACAAUUUUGUCACCGUAUUAUAUCGUCAUUGUUUGACUAUGCCUAAGAACUUGGAUGUAUACUUCUGUUUGGUAAAGAAUCUCCUGGAGAAGUACAAUGAAGCAUUGGUUAAUUUCAUUCGUCACGAUAUUAAUGGAGAAAUACACAAGAGAAUUCAAGCAAAUGGGUCAUUACGAGGAUUUGAUUUGAUUAACUUUACAUUAAUUGGAAUGCUUUUUUCAACAUCUGAUCAUUAUCAUUUAGUUGUUACUCCUACAUUGAUUAUCAUGAACGAAAUCCUUACCCAUUUUAAUACCAAAAACGAGUUGACAUUGAACGAAAUAGGUCAAGGGAUUUAUAUUGUUGAAUUACUUUUCAAAUAUCAAAAAUUAUCCAAGAGAUAUAUACCUGAAACCACUCGAUUCAUUGAGAGAGCAUUUAUUUAUCUUUGUCCUGAAAUCACAAAGAUAAAAGUCACUGACUUGGUAUCCGUUAAUAUAAACCCCUCCACUGUUCAUGCUACCAACAUAUCCAAAUCUACCAAAUAUACCGAUUCCAUUGUUCCUUCUGUAUUGUCAGUGCUGGUAAUCACUGGGAAAACCAUAUCUGUGAAAGACAAUGGUGUCAAGUUCGCCCUCUUAGCAAAGACUCUUGGAUUGGCCAAGGAAGUUGUGGGACUUUACCGGGAAUUACUGAUUUUCUUUGAGUUGAGUCUUGUGGUUAAAGUUUUCACCAGUCAUUUAUUACAUUAUUACCCGAAUUGGACAGAAUUGGUAAAGUUCCAUCAAGUUAUUGAUAAAGUUGUUCACAACACCACCAGACACAAAUUAGCAUUACAGCAACAUCGUCUGUUGGCCAUUGCAACGUUUGCACCUAAAUUCGAAGAGAAUUUCAACCCUGAUCGUAAGUCAUAUGAUCUUGAUGUUCAAAAGCAGGAAGUAAGCAAGAUGCAAAGACAAUUGAAGAAGGAGAAGAAGGAAACCUUGAAAGACUUACGGAGAGUUACCAGGUUUGAAGCCAGACAACAAAUUGAAGAGAAGAAGAGCAUGUAUGAUGCUUAUCAUAAGAAGAUGCAUGAUAUUGUUGCGCUGAUUCUGACUCAUGAAGGAGCUGAAAAGAAUCAAUAUGAACGGGAGAAGAAAGAACGUAAAAAUAGAAAGUGA